AUGCGCCUCCAUACUGGUCCCUACUGGCACAAACUGGUUCAAACUGGCGACGGAGCCGCCGAUGACGUCACCGCCGCCACGACCCCUGACCCCUCCGGUGACGUCACCAAGGCCCCCUCCGCCAUCACCAAAGGCACUGAUGACGUCACUAAUGACGUCACCGAGGGCCCAUCCAUGGCCACCAAGGACACUGAUGACGUCACUGAUGCCGCCAGGGACAACCCCGUCAAUGACGUCACCGCUGAUGUCACCAGGGCCAACCCCGUCAAUGACGUCACCAGGGACAACCCCAUCAAUGACGUCACCGCUGACGUCACCGCCUCCCCCCUCCCCCCCCUCCGCGUCCUCUUGGGCCCUUCCGUGUCCCCCCUCGGUUUGGGUUCCCCCUUCCGGGUCCUAGUUCCCGGCCGAGCCCCACACCCAGGCCCAGAGACGGAGGCAGCUUUGGCCAUGGGGCUGUGGCCGUGGGUGCUCCGCGGUGGGAGCCCCCCCGCAGACCCCCCCCCAUUGCAGCCAAUGGAAGCGGCCGCGGUGGCCGGGGCCAUGGCGGCGGCUGUGGCGGCUGCACUGAGCGGGGUCCGCAGCGGGAUGGAGCCGUCCGGAGCCGCCGUCAUGGACCCCGGUACCGGGGAGGUGGUGGCGGCUGCGGGGGAUGGGCGGCGGGGGGGGCACCCCCUGAGCCAUGCGACCAUGAGGUGCCUGGAGGAGGUGGCGCGGAGAAGGAGAGGCUAUGGGGGCUAUGGGGGGAUCAAUAGGGACAAUGGGGACACUAUGGGAUACCUGUGCCAGGGCUGGGAUGUGGUGCUGACCCGGGAGCCCUGUGCUCUCUGUGCCAUGGCUCUGGUGCUGGCGCGCGCCCGGCGGGUGCUGUUCGGGGCCCCAGCACCCCAAGGUGCCCUCAGCACCCGCUAUGGGCUCCACGGUCGCUCCCGGCUCAACCAUCGCUAUAGGGCCUAUGGGGGGGUGGCCCCCAAGGUGUGGGCACCGCUGGUGGGGGAUGGGGUGGAGAAGUGA